GAGAAAGCCAAAAAUAGAUCUUUUCAGGACCUGUGUUGCUGCUAUCCCCCGACUGCUUCCUGAUGGAAUGUCAAAACUUGAACUUAUUGACUUGCUGGCUAGGCUCUCUAUUCAUAUGGACGAUGAGCUGCGACAUAUUGCACAAAAUUCUCUUCAGGGUUUACUUGUUGACUUCUCAGACUGGAGAGAAGAUGUACUAUUUGGCUUUACCAACUUCCUACUUCGGGAAGUCAAUGACAUGCAUCACACGCUCCUUGAUUCAUCCCUGAAGUUACUGCUCCAGCUGCUCACCCAGUGGAAACUGGUCAUACAAACUCAAGGAAAAGUCUAUGACCAAUCCAACAAGAUCAGAAAUUCAGAGCUGAUUGCAAAUGGCUCCAGCCACAGAAUUCAGUCGGAGCGGGGCCCCCACUGCAGCGUGCUUCACGCUGUGGAAGGCUUUGCUUUGGUUUUACUCUGCAGUUUCCAGGUGGCCACACGCAAACUGUCCGUUUUAAUACUCAAGGAAAUUCGAGCUUUAUUUGUUGCCCUGGGUCAGCCUGAGGACGAUGACAGGCCUAUGAUUGAUGUCAUGGAUCAGCUAAGUUCGUCCAUUCUCGAAAGUUUCAUUCAUGUAGCAGUUUCAGAUUCGGCAACAUUACCGCUGACCCACAGUGUGGAUCUGCAGUGGUUGGUGGAGUGGAACGCAGUCCUGGUCAAUAGCCAUUAUGACGUGAAGAGCCCUUCCCAUGUCUGGAUAUUCGCUCAGUCGGUCAAAGACCCCUGGGUUCUCUGCCUCUUCAGUUUCCUGCGGCAGGAGAACCUGCCCAAACACUGCCCCACAGCCCUCAGCUAUGCCUGGCCAUACGCCUUCACUCGGCUCCAGUCCGUCAUGCCCCUGGUAGACCCCAAUAGCCCAAUUAAUGCCAAGAAAACCAGCACUGCCGGCAGUGGAGACAAUUAUGUUACCUUGUGGAGAAAUUACCUUAUUCUUUGUUUUGGAGUUGCAAAACCCAGUAUCAUGAGCCCGGGACACUUAAGAGCGUCCACUCCAGAAAUCAUGGCGACCACACCUGAUGGUACAGUGAGCUACGAUAACAAGGCCAUAGGUACCCCAUCGGUGGGAGUUCUGUUAAAGCAACUGGUGCCUUUGAUGAGACUAGAGGGCAUUGAGAUCACAGAGUCCUUAGUUUUAGGAUUUGGAAGAACAAAUUCCCUUGUUUUCAGAGAAUUGGUAGAAGAACUUCAUCCAUUAAUGAAAGAAGCUCUGGAACGAAGACCAGAGAAUAAAAAACGCCGAGAACGGCGGGACUUGUUAAGGCUACAACUACUUCGAAUUUUUGAGCUUCUGGCUGAUGCAGGUGUCAUAAGUGACAGCACAAAUGGAGCCUUAGAACGGGAUACUUUAGCCCUUGGAGCUUUGUUCUUAGAAUAUGUGGAUCUGACCCGCAUGCUCCUAGAAGCUGAAAAUGACAAAGAAGUAGAAAUUCUUAAAGAUAUCCGGGCACAUUUUAGUGCGAUGGUCGCCAACUUGAUUCAGUGUGUACCAGUUCACCACCGAAGAUUUCUGUUUCCCCAGCAAAGCCUGAGGCAUCAUCUUUUCAUCUUAUUUAGCCAGUGGGCAGGACCCUUCAGCAUUAUGUUCACCCCUCUGGAUCGCUACAGUGAUAGAAAUCAUCAGAUUACAAGAUACCAGUAUUGUGCAUUAAAGGCGAUGUCAGCGGUGUUGUGCUGUGGCCCUGUGUUCGACAACGUGGGCCUUUCCCCGGAUGGCUACCUGUACAAGUGGCUUGACAACAUUCUGGCUUGUCAAGAUUUACGAGUUCAUCAACUUGGCUGUGAAGUCGUCAUCUUGCUAUUGGAACUUAAUCCCGACCAAAUUAAUCUUUUUAAUUGGGCAAUUGACCGAUGCUACACAGGUUCCUACCAGCUUGCAUCUGGCUGCUUCAAAGCCAUAGCAACUGUGUGUGGAAGCAGGAAUUAUCCCUUUGACAUAGUGACAUUGUUGAACCUUGUUCUAUUCAAGGCCUCUGACACCAACAGAGAGAUUUAUGAAAUCUCCAUGCAGCUCAUGCAGAUCCUUGAAGCCAAGCUCUUCGUGUACUCGAAGAAAGUAGCUGAACAGAGACCCGGCAGUAUUCUCUACGGAACACAUGGCCCCUUGCCACCCCUGUACAGUGUGUCACUAGCACUCCUGUCAUGUGAACUGGCCAGGAUGUACCCCGAGCUCACCCUCCCACUCUUCUCAGAGGUCAGCCAGCGGUUCCCCACGACACACCCAAAUGGGCGUCAGAUCAUGCUCACCUACCUGCUGCCCUGGCUGCACAACAUCGAGCUGGUGGACAGCAGGCUCCUCCUCCCGGGGUCAAGCCCCAGCAGCCCAGACGAUGACGUCAAGGACCAGGAGGGGGAAGUGACUGCUUCACACGGGCUGAGAGGCAGUGGCUGGGGCUCCCCGGAAGCCACGUCACUGGUCCUGAAUAACCUCAUGUACAUGACGGCCAAGUACGGCGAUGAAGUUCCUGGACCAGAAAUGGAAAAUGCUUGGAAUGCUUUAGCCAACAACGAGAAAUGGAGCAACAACCUGAGGAUCACCUUGCAGUUCCUGAUCAGCUUGUGUGGGGUUAGCAGCGACACGCUUCUCUUGCCCUAUAUUAAAAAGGUGGCAAUCUACUUGUGUCGUAACAACACCAUUCAGACCAUGGAGGAGCUUCUCUUCGAGCUGCAGCAGACGGAGCCGGUGAAUCCCAUCGUCCAGCACUGUGACAACCCACCCUUCUACCGCUUCGCAGCCAGUAGCAAGGCCUCCGCGGCAGCCUCCGGAACCACCUCCAGCAGCAACACAGUGGUUGCCGGCCAAGACAGUUUCCCAGACGCCGAGGAGAGCAAGAUAUUGAAAGAAUCUGAUGAGAGGUUUAGUAAUGUCAUCAGAGCCCACACCCGCCUAGAGUCAAGAUACAGCAAUAGCUCUGGAGGAUCAUAUGAUGAAGAUAAAAAUGACCCGAUUUCUCCCUACACGGGCUGGCUGUUGACUAUUACAGAGACCAAACAACCACAGCCCCUCCCCAUGCCUUGUACUGGAGGAUGCUGGGCCCCCCUGGUUGACUACCUCCCAGAGACCAUCACUCCCCGGGGGCCCCUCCAUAGGUGCAAUAUUGCUGUUAUUUUUAUGACUGAGAUGGUGGUGGAUCACAGUGUGAGAGAAGAUUGGGCUCUUCAUCUACCAUUAUUACUUCAUGCUGUCUUCUUAGGUUUGGACCAUUACCGGCCUGAAGUCUUUGAACACAGCAAAAAAUUGCUUCUUCACCUCUUGAUUGCCCUCUCUUGCAACAGUAAUUUUCAUGCCAUUGCUUCUGUGCUCCUGCAGACUCGAGAGAUGGGCGAAGCUAAGACUCUCACAGUUCAGCCAGCUUAUCAACCAGAGUAUCUCUACACAGGUGGCUUUGACUUCCUGAGAGAGGACCAGUCAUCCCCAGUGCCAGACUCUGGGCUGAGCUCCAGUUCCACGUCCUCCAGCAUCAGUCUGGGGGGCAGCAGCGGGAACCUCCCGCAGAUGACCCAGGAAGUGGAGGACACGGACACAACUGCUGAAGCGGAUGAGAAGGCAAACAAGCUCAUUGAGUUUCUGACGACCAGGGCAUUUGGUCCACUUUGGUGCCAUGAAGACAUCACACCCAAAAAUCAAAAUUCAAAGAGUGCUGAACAGCUCACUAAUUUUCUACGUCAUGUUGUAUCUGUAUUUAAAGACUCCAAAUCAGGUUUCCACCUGGAGCAACAUUUGAGUGAAGUUGCAUUGCAGACGGCCCUUGCAAGCUCCUCAAGGCACUAUGCCGGUCGGUCCUUCCAGAUAUUCCGGGCGCUCAAGCAACCUCUGUCAGCACACGCCUUGUCUGACCUUCUUUCCAGACUGGUGGAGGUGAUCGGAGAACAUGGAGAUGAGAUUCAGGGUUACGUAAUGGAGGCACUCCUUACGUUGGAAGCUGCUGUGGAUAACCUGUCUGACUGCUUGAAGAACAGCGAUCUCUUAACGGUAUUAUCUCGCUCUUCAUCACCAGAUUUAAGCUCUAGCACUAAACUAACAGCAAGCAGAAAGAGCACAGGACAACUAAAUGUGAACCCUGGGGCGGCCAGUGGCAAUACGGCAACCGCAGAACGGAGCCGGCAUCAAAGAAGCUUUUCUGUGCCCAAGAAAUUUGGUGUUGUCGACCGAUCCUCAGACCCACCCCGGAGUGCCACACUGGACAGAAUUCAGGCUUGUACCCAACAAGGCCUGUCCUCAAAAACAAGAAGCUCAUCUUCCUUGAAGGACAGCCUCUCAGACCCAUCACACAUAAACCAUCCAACCAACUUGUUGGCCACCAUCUUUUGGGUCACAGUGGCCUUGAUGGAAUCUGAUUUUGAGUUUGAAUACCUAAUGGCCUUGAGGCUGUUGAACAGGCUACUGGCUCACAUGCCACUUGAUAAAGCUGAGAACCGAGAAAAACUUGAAAAACUCCAGGCACAGCUCAAGUGGUCAGACUUCUCAGGGUUGCAGCAGCUGCUGCUGAAAGGAUUCACCUCCCUCACCACCACCGACUUGACCCUGCAGCUUUUCAGUUUGCUCACACCAGUAUCCAAAGUAUCCAUGGUGGAUUCAUCCCAAGCCAUUGGGUUUCCACUGAAUGUGUUGUGUCUCCUGCCCCAGCUGAUCCAACAUUUUGAAAAUCCCAAUCAGUUCUGCAAGGAUAUAGCCGAAAGGAUUGCUCAGGUGUGUUUGGAAGAAAAGAAUCCCAAACUUUCCAAUCUUGCACAUGUCAUGACUCUCUAUAAAACACACAGCUACACGAGGGACUGUGCCACGUGGGUCAACGUGGUCUGCCGAUACCUUCACGAAGCAUACGCUGACAUUACCUUGAAUAUGGUGACCUACCUGGCAGAGCUGCUGGAGAAGGGUCUCCCCAGUAUGCAGCAGCCCCUCCUCCAGGUGAUCUACAGUCUGCUCAGCUACAUGGACCUGUCCGUCGUCCCUGUAAAACAGUUUAAUGUGGAAGUUCUGAAGACCAUUGAAAAAUAUGUGCAAAGUGUUCACUGGAGAGAAGCUUUGAAUAUCCUGAAGCUGGUAGUUUCUCGAUCUGCCAGCCUAGUUUUGCCUUCCUACCAGCAGAGUGACCUCUCAAAGAUAGAAAUACAUCGAGUGUGGACCAGUGCUUCUAAGGAAUUACCUGGAAAAACCCUAGACUUUCACUUUGAUAUUUCAGAGACGCCAAUCAUCGGGAGGCGAUACGAUGAGCUGCAGAACUCUUCUGGACGGGAUGGGAAGCCCAGGGCUGUGGCCGUCACCAGGAGCACAUCAUCUACGUCAUCAGGCUCCAACUCCAAUGUCCUUGUUCCUGUAAGCUGGAAAAGGCCCCAGUACUCUCAGAAGAGGACAAAAGAGAAGUUGGUGCACGUUCUUUCUCUGUGUGGCCAAGAAGUAGGAUUAAGCAAAAAUCCAUCAGUGAUUUUUUCAUCGUGUGGGGAUUUGGAUCUGCUUGAGCACCAGACGAGCUUGGUGUCUUCUGAGGACGGCGCCCGAGAGCAGGAGAACAUGGAUGACACAAACAGCGAGCAGCAGUUUAGAGUCUUUAGGGACUUCGAUUUCUUAGAUGUGGAGCUGGAGGAUGGAGAGGAACUUCAGGGUGAGAGUAUGGACAAUUUCAACUGGGGAGUGCGCAGGCGUUCUCUGGACAGUUUGGACAAGUGUGAUAUGCAGCUUCUGGAGGAGCGCCAACUUUCGGGAAGGUCUCCCAGCCUAAAUAAAAUGAACCACGAGGACUCCGAUGAAUCCUCCGAAGAGGAGGACCUCACAACCAGCCAGAUCCUGGAGCACUCCGACCUAAUCAUGACUCGCUCCCCUUCUGAGGAGACUAAUCCCAUGGAAUCGCUCACCACAGCCUGUGACAUGACCCCGGCUGACUCUCAUUCCUUUAACACCAGAAUGGCUAGCUUUGAUGCGUCUUUGUCCGAUAUGAAUAAUCUGCAGAUUUCUGAGGGCUCCAAGGCUGAAGCCGUCCAGGAGGAGGAAGACACGGCCGUGCAUGAGGACGAUCUCUCCAGUUCUGUCAAUGAACUCCCAGCAACCUUCGAAUGCAGUGGUAGCUUCAGCCUGGAUAUGACUGAGGCAGAAGAAAAAGGCAAUAGAGGACUGGACCAGUUUACUCUCGCUAGCUUUGGAGAAGGUGACAGGGGGGUCUCUCCCCCACCCUCGCCCUUCUUCUCGGCCAUCCUUGCUGCAUUCCAGCCGGCGGCCUGUGACGACGCAGAGGAAGCCUGGCGCAGCCACAUCAACCAGCUCAUGUGCGACUCGGAUGGCUCCUGUGCGGUGUAUACAUUUCAUGUGUUCUCCUCCUUGUUUAAGAAUAUUCAGAAAAGAUUCUGCUUCCUAACCUGUGAUGCGGCCAGCUACCUUGGAGACAAUCUCCGGGGAAUCGGGUCCAAGUUUGUCAGCUCUUCCCAGAUGCUCACCUCCUGCUCUGAAUGCCCUACACUCUUCGUGGAUGCUGAGACCCUCCUUUCUUGUGGACUUCUGGACAAGCUCAAGUUCAGUGUUUUAGAACUGCAAGAAUAUUUGGAUACCUACAACAACAGAAAAGAAGCCACUCUCUCGUGGCUUGCAAAUUGCAAGGCAACAUUUGCAGGAGGAUCAAGAGAUGGAGUAAUUACCUGUCAGCCAGGGGACUCGGAAGAAAAGCAAAUGGAAUCUCUUGCACAAUUGGAACUGUGCCAGAGGUUAUAUAAGCUGCACUUCCAGCUGCUGCUGCUUUUUCAGUCCUACUGUAAGCUCAUCGGCCAGGUGCACGAAGUCAGCUCCACGCCAGAGCUGCUAAAUAUGUCCAGGGAACUGAGUGACUUAAAGAAAAACCUGAAGGAGGCCACUGCGGCCAUUGCAGCUGACCCUCUCUAUAUAGAGGGUGCCUGGUCUGAGCCAACCUUCACAUCCACUGAAGCGGCCAUCCAGUCCAUGCUGGAGUGCCUGAAGAACAAUGAACUUGGCAAGGCUUUACGGCAAAUCAGGGAAUGCAGAAGUCUGUGGCCCAAUGACAUCUUUGGAAGCAGUUCUGAUGAUGAGGUCCAGACACUACUGAAUAUUUACUUCCGUCAUCAAACUCUGGGACAAACGGGUACUUAUGCAUUGGUGGGGUCUAACCAGAGCCUGACCGAAAUCUGCACCAAGCUGAUGGAGCUGAACAUGGAGAUCCGGGACAUGAUUCGCAGGGCCCAGAGUUACCGGGUCCUCACUACUUUUCUUCCAGACUCCAGUGUUUCUGGCACUAGUCUCUGACAGGAGCCUCCCAUCCCCCAUGGGUUCCAAGCUGGGGGUGCUGUCAUGCUGGGGUGACGUCAUUCAGUGUCUUUUCAGCCUUCAGAAGGCUUGGUCAGACUGUUCUCCCUCUUGUUACCUGUAGGACUUUUUCUAAGAAAAACAGGAUGACAGAACUUCCAACGUGUAGCAAUACCAUCAGAACCAAGGUAGCAUAGAACAUUCUGGAACAGACUCCAUCUGUUAUGCUGUGUGGCACAAAGGUGUUAUUUUACUGAGCAGAUGCAACUCACUACUGAAGAAAGUGACUUCCAUUGCAUACCAAAGCUGACUACACUGAACAAUACCUUCCUUUCUAGAAACAAUUUUAGAUUGGCAAAAGUGCAAUGUUUUCUUCACUAAAAAAAUAUUUUAUAUUCUAAAACUUGUACAUUCUUUUAUUUUUCCUUUUCUUUUUUUCUUUUUUCUUUUUUCUUUUUUUGGUGGGCUGAGGAAGGGGCAGGCAGAAUGAAGCUGGCCACUGAAAACUGUAAGACAGUCAAAAGCUGACAGCCUGUUUAUGUGAAAAGGGAAUUGUAAAUGGACAAUUUAAUAUACACUGUAAUUUGAAUACAAUUACUGUAUCUAAAAGGAGCUGCUAUGAAGUACCUUUCUUAUGUUGCUAGGCUACUGUUUCCGAAAGCCCUGAAUCUCUGCAGGAGUCUGUGAUUAGGACCCUAGCACCAAAUAUGGUCCAGAUAGACCUUUUUGUAAGGGUCUUGGCUGCUUUUUACUAGAAGGUUGCUUAUAUGAGCAUAUUUAUACUACAAAAGGAUGAGUGUUAAUUUUAACCAACUUUGCCAUUUUGUAGAAAAAGUUAAAGAAAUUCACAUUAUAAACUCCAAGUCUUUUCACCUGUCACGCAUGCAUAUUUUAAUAUCCAUCUGGAUAGCCACAAGUAGAAUCAUAAAGAUAAACUAUGAGUUGUCACUUUGUUACUUAAGAAAUGUCAUAUUUUAUUUGUAACAUAUAUGUAAAGGGCCAUUCUUAAGUUUUCUCCUUCAAAUUAAUGCUGUCAAGUGUUAGCUGUGUGCAUGUAAGCCGGUUGCACAUCAGAAACAUAUUCAAAGUUGAUCUAUGUAACUUAUUCACUCUGUAAAUACAUUUAAAGUUUUUGUGAUGUAAUCUUGGUUGAUAUUCUAUUCAGAACUUCCUUUAGACUAAAAAAAAGACAAAAUACAUAUUGACCAUGGAUUUUA